UCACCAAUUUUCGAUGCUACGUACAUUUUAUCCACAGUCAAUGGCACGGCGUAGCCGCCGUCAUCUGAAUCAUCUCGACUAUCUAGACCGUAUUGAUCGCGGCCUAAGCAGCUGUAGUCGGUCUGACAGUAACGUUGGGGCGGCCGCACGGAAAACACACGUGUUAUACGAGCAGCGGCACGAUGGAGUCGAACUCGGGGUUAUCCCUCACGAGGGGUUAGACAAUAUCGUUGAAUAUCGAGUGCAGCGCCGUUCGUGCGGAUCCCACGGGAUGAAUUCCGGUUUUCAUUCUUCCGGGACGGAAGCGUCGUGCGACGCAGCGCUUCCGUCAGCCUCGAGAUGUGUCGCGGAAAUUCCCGCCGUCGGAAAAUUCGAUGAAUCCUGCUCGAUCUGAUCGAAUCGCUUUUAUUUACUGAUCGUGCGUGGAGAUAUAUCUCGCUCGACUGGACUAGUCACACUCGUCUUACCCUCUUUUACGCUCGUUUUCAACGCGUGUGGGAAGUGAAAGGUUUCCGCGGCGAUUAGGGUUGAUUUCCGUUGUGUCGCUCGUUACGGAAGUGGCUUUGGUGUUGACGGCACGUUUCGUUGCCUCUAGAGAUUGCUGAAUAUCAAUUGCAUCAAGCUAGUCUUGCACUCGUUUAGCUGAUUAAAAGCUGGUCUUUAUGUUUCGUGUAUAAAAUCGCGUUCUACAUUUUGUGAGAUGUGCGAAUGCGGUUAGUCACUUUAGUCGCGGCCGAACCAGCUGACUUGUUACACGAGAAAGAGAUUAGGAAAGUGUUCUAAGCGAACUCUAUUCGCGUCGUUUUCGAGAAAGAAUUGUUGCGACUGCGGCGUAAGAUAUGCUGGUGAAGAGUGCGUUGGCUCUGUUUGUGCUCGUUAAUCAGUUCAAUUGAAUAACGUAUUAACACUCCGGGGUCAUCGCAAGAGUUAAUCGCAAUGUCCACGCCGGACACGAUGGAUACCAUCGACGAAGCGGAACAAGCGUGGCAUGAGAUGCUGGAGUGCGAGACUGGAUCCCUUUUGGGCAGAGUGGCGGACCUCGAAAGGCAAUCCUUGGCACAGAGGGACGAGAUAGUUUGUCUUCGCGCCACUCUGGCGGACGCACUAAGGCGAAUCGCUCAGCUCGAGGCAAGAGAAAAGCGGGAGGAUGAGAGAAACGAGAGGAGAAACGAGAGGAUGGUGUCCUCGCCCUUAAGGAACGGCCAUGUACCUCUCAGAAGUAGUCAAAACUCGGUGCCACAGAAGGAUUUGAGGCUGCGCCAGACUGGCGGUCUCAGAAAUUCCUCCUCCUCGGGAUCGUCGCAAAAUGUACGCGACGCGACGUCCAGUCCGAGACGGCCUGCCAGCUAUGUACAUCCUUCCGAACUUCCUCAAAGGAGAUCCGUCCAUUAUCAGUCAACGGGUUCUUUACAUUCGGAUAGUCCGAGUAGUAGUAGUGUUUCUCCGGUGCCAUCGCCAAGUCCUAGAGCUACGCCACUGCCUGUAGCCAGAUCGCCCACGGCAAGAUCAAACGGACCGCCACAAAGUAGCCUGAGAAGAGCGAAGAGAUGGUCGUCCACCGGCGAUUUUACACAUUCCCCGCAAAAUCAGGGAAGCAAUUCCCAGCUCGUCAGUACCAGAUUGUCUGCGUCCACCAAGUCCCUGUUCAACCUGUUCAAGCCACCGACGAUGAACAACGUCAAGCACGGCACCAGAGACAUGCAGUACAACGAGGAGGAAGGUACCGUCCGUAUGUAUCUACGCGGCCGGCCGGUCAUUCUGUACGUCCCUACGUCCAUGAUGGAGGCCUAUGACCUUCACAAAGUUAGCACGCCGCCACAGAGCAAAUUGAAGCUCGACUGGGUCUACGGUUACCGGGGCCGAGAUUGCCGUAGCAAUUUACACCUGCUGCCGACAGGCGAGAUCGUAUAUUUCGUUGCGGCGGUCGUUGUUCUGUACAACAUGGAGGAGCACAGCCAAAGGCAUUACGUGGGUCACACGGAUGAUGUCAAGUGCAUAGCGAUUCAUCCUAACAAAUUAGUCGUCGCGACAGGACAAGUGUGCGGAACAGAUCGUCGAGAUGCCAUGCCACAUAUAAGAAUAUGGAACUCAGUGAGUCUGACGACUCUCAGCGUGAUCGGCAAUGGUGAAUUCGAUGGAUCGAUUUGCUGCCUGUCAUUUUCCAAGGCCGACGGUGGAAAUUAUUUGUGCGCCAUCGACGAGACCUCCGAUCACAAUAUAUCGAUCUGGGAUUGGCAGAAAAGCGACCGUGGCACCAAAGUGACUGAAACGAAGUGCUCUGUCGACACGGUAGUUUGCGCCGAGUGGCAUCCGCUGGAACGCAACCAGAUCGUCUCUUGCGGGAAAGGGCACGUGUCCUUUUGGUCCCUGGAUAAUGGCGGCAUGCUGUAUAAACGUAUGGGCAUCUUCGAGAGCAGAGAUAAGCCCAGAUAUGUUACCUGCGUCGCCUUCAAUCAAAACGGCGAUGUUCUCACCGGCGAUAGUAACGGCAACAUCAUCGUUUGGGCUCGAGGUACUAACACAAUUUCAAGGCUAGUGAGAAAUCUUCAUGAAGGAUCGAUUUUCUCCAUAUGUGUUCUAAAAAAUGGCAACAUUAUUACGGGAGGUGGAAAGGAUGGCAAGAUCUUGUAUUUUGAUGCAUCUUUGAAUUUGACGGGGGAAGAAGCUCAAAUUGAGGAUCAUUUCGGUGGAAUUCGAACGCUAUCGGAAGGAAGAGGGACUCAGUUAUUAAUCGGCACGACGAGGAAUUGUAUUCUUGUUGGCCAGAAUGAAAUGGGUUUCAAUCCCGCAAUGUUGGGACACGCCGAGGAAGUUUGGGGACUUGCGGCCCAUCCAACAUUGCCUCAGUUCGCAACUGCGGGACAUGAUAGAUUGUUGCAGAUGUGGGAUAGUUUAAGUCAUACCGUGGUGUGGAGCAAAGACAUCGGGGAACAAGCACAAAGUAUCGCUUUUUCGCCGGAUGGUAAUAUCAUAGUCGUUGGCUGUGUAUCCGGGAAAUGGUUGGCAAUUGAUAGCGAGACGCGAGAAUUGUACACACAUCACAGCGAUGGUUCUGAGCCUAUUCAGGUUGUUCAAUUCUCUCCUGAUGGUUCCUUACUUGCACUCGGCUCCAGAGAUAAUUACAUUUACAUCUAUCAAGUAAACGAGGACGCAACCAAAUAUAGCCGCGUUGGGCGGUGUAUGCCAAAGCGGAUUCGAAGGCACGGAGGACAUUCCAGCUUUAUAACUCAUUUGGAUUGGUCUGUGGAUGGUCAAUACUUACGCAGCAACAGCGGAGAUUAUGAGUUACUCUAUUGGAAUCCUGGUGUGUGUCGUCAAAUUCCACAAUCUUCAAUGUUGAGAAAUGUUGAUUGGGCAACUCAUACCUGCGUCAUAUCGUUCGAGACAAUAGGCAUUUGGCCGGAGGGCGCUGAUGGUACUGACGUAAAUAAUUGCACACGAAGUGGCGAUGGCAAGCUCUUGGCUACGGGUGAUGAUUUUGGAAAAGUCAAGUUAUUUUCUCAUCCAGCAUGCCAGCCGAAGUCAUUAUACCACUCCUAUGGCGGUCACUCGAGUCAUGUAACAAACGUUUCAUUUCUGCAAGAUGAUUCCCGAUUGGUAUCGACCGGCGGCGCUGAUACCAGUGUUCUCCAGUGGAUAGUAAAUUAAGCGAAUCAUUUUUUCCAGCAAAUAAUUCUUAAAAGUGCACUUCAAGAUCGAGCGAAGUAGAUAGAACAAUGUCAACGUCACAUCGCUUAAAAUUAAAAAUAUUACAUAAUUUAUUUAUUUGAGCAACAUGGAUUCUUGAAACAGUCGACGACUGGAAUCAUCCUGACAAUCUGAUUUUCUCACAUCAAGAUAUCAUCCGUCGCACGAUCUAUUUAUUCACGAGGAAUAAUUAACAUAAAUAACAUAAUUUCUAACUUGAAUUACCGAUAAGAAUUCCACUUGUUUAAGAGUGGAAUCAAAUUGACGCCUAGAUUUCUCUAUAAUAUCUUUCUCAUCAGGCGCAAUGUAUUCAUAGAAUCGAAUAUAUUUCUCGUACGUAAAGCAACCGCAAUACAUCGUGUGUGCCGAUGUAUUUCGUUCUCGUAUCAAUAUAUGUGAUAGCACCAAUGUAACCUUUUCUUAUUAUUGUGUCUAACAUGCACGAUAUUAAUAGACAAAUGCCCGCGUACAAUCGACAUGAUUAUUCUAAGAACGACUGCCGGCAAAAUACUUUUCGUUAAUGACAACAAUACAAUUUACGUUAAUAUUAUUAAUAAAAAUAUUUGAUAUACUA